UGACAGCUGGGUAGCCUGGGCAAAUUCCCUAACCUCACUGAGCCUCAAUUUCCUCAAUGGUAAAAUGGGGAAAGGACAGUGCUUCCCUCAUGGUUUGGGUGUGAAGCUUCUGUGAGUUAAUGUCAGUGAACAGCCAGCCUCAGCCCCUACCCAAGGUAGCUGCUCCACAGAUGUGAUGAUAACCACCGUGUGUUUCUCAGAAUCCUAGGAAAUAAGGGCUUCUUUCUAGAAGGCAGGGCCAGGAUGCUUCGUGGGUGUUCCCUGGGCAGUGAGGCUCUGUGGCCCUCAGGCCUUCGUCCUUCUGCAGGCUUUUGUGUUUGUUUUAUUUUUUUGGCACGCCUGCAGCCAAGUUGGGGAGGGUUUCCUGGACAGAGGUCCUUUGGCUGCUGCCUUAAGACGUGCAGCCUGGGCCGUGGCUGUCACUGCGUUCGGACCCAGACCCACUGCAGGCAGCAGCAGCCCCCACCCGCGCAGCAGCAUGGAGCUCUGGGGGGCCUACCUCCUCCUCUGCCUCUUCUCCCUCCUGACCCAGGUCACCACCGAGCCACCAACCCAGAAGCCCAAGAAGAUUGUAAAUGCCAAGAAAGAUGUUGUGAACACGAAGAUGUUUGAGGAGCUCAAGAGCCGUCUGGACACCCUGGCCCAGGAGGUGGCGCUGCUGAAGGAGCAGCAGGCCCUGCAGACGGUCUGCCUGAAGGGGACCAAGGUGCACAUGAAAUGCUUUCUGGCCUUCACCCAGACGAAGACCUUCCACGAGGCCAGCGAGGACUGCAUCUCGCGCGGGGGCACCCUGGGCACCCCUCAGACUGGCUCGGAGAACGACGCCCUGUAUGAGUACCUGCGCCAGAGCGUGGGCAACGAGGCCGAGAUCUGGCUGGGCCUCAACGACAUGGCGGCCGAGGGCACCUGGGUGGACAUGACCGGCGCCCGCAUCGCCUACAAGAACUGGGAGACUGAGAUCACCGCGCAACCCGACGGCGGCAAGACCGAGAACUGCGCGGUCCUGUCAGGCGCGGCCAACGGCAAGUGGUUCGACAAGCGCUGCCGCGAUCAGCUGCCCUACAUCUGCCAGUUCGGGAUCGUGUAGCCGGCGGGGCGGGGGCCGUGGGGGGCCUGGAGCAGGGCGGGGGACGCGGGAGGCCGGGAGGAGGGUGGAGAUCUUGCAGCCCCCAUCCCCUGCGUGCGCUUGGAGCCUCUUUUUGCAAAUAAAGUUGGUGCAGCUUCGCGGAGAGGA